AUGCUGAGCCAUGGCGCGUUGAUAUGCACAUCAAUGCUCUUUUUCGCGUUAUGGAUGGACACACCUUCUCCACACCUGCAUGACGAUAUUCCUGUAUACUCUCCAGCAAUUGGUGCUGUUGAGUCCGUGAUCGUAAGAUUCAAUGGAACACUCGACUUUCCUUCCAUCUAUCGUGGCCCUCCUUCCCCAGAAAUUGAUGCCGCUUGGGCCAGGAUCGCUCACGAUGUAAUUAUUCACCUUCCAAGGUCAAAAUAUCCACCCAAAUUUGGUGGGGGUUUCAUGGUAUCCAUGGAAGCCCCUCACCAACUCCAUUGUCUAAAUUUACUUCGCAAAGCCUCGUGGCCCGAGUAUAUUCCGCAUGUAUCUUGGUACAUUGUUUUUUUAUUGAUGUACCUCCUGCUUAUCAUAUACACAGAUCAUUGCAUUGAAAUGAUCAGGCAGAAUAUCAUGUGUAAUGUCGACGUGAUGAUGAUAACAUGGGACUGGGUUCAAGGACACAAACACGCUGUUCAUAUCGAUAAAUCCGAGGUCACUCGCUUCGAAGAUACGGUUGACCUUCCCCUACCCUCCGAUCUGAUGCACCAUAACGUAUAAGGAAUAUCGUGCUGCUCACUCACUACAUACUACAUUUACGAGUAUCUUGCAAGAACGACAAUAAUUAAGAGCUUAGUC